AUGCGCGCUUGGCCAAUUGUCUCCGCACUCUUUGACGACGACGACGCGGCGCUAGCGAACAACGGGGGUCGGUUGUGCCGAUCGGAAGCGACCGGUGAACCGACGAACCGGUCGAUGCAGUACCCCGGAUCCGACAUGACGGGAAUUGCGGGGCGCUCAGAGGCCUGUGUCGGGACCCGGGGCGGGGUUGUGGAUGCCUCACGCACCGCAGCAGUCGAUGAUGAGGGCAUCGUGCGCGGUUGCGAUGUGGAUGUUGUCGAACGGGACGAUCUUGCCCCGUUUCAGACGCGUGAUCUGGGACCGGCAGCAAGCUGCUGGUUGCUCGGUUCGGGUAGAUGUCCGGGGCGGGGCCCAUCCAACCGCCAAUCGCUCGGGGGGCGCGGCUCGGUGUGGGGGUCUCCCGAGCGAGCGUGUGUGCUGUCCGGCGGUGAGCGCCGGGUGUCGAGUUCGAUGGGAGAGCAGAGACGAUCGUCAAGCGAGAUGAUGAUGCACAAGACGUUGAACGAUGGGGACGGAAACACCCCGUGCGUGGGUGAUAAUGCCGUCGUUCAGCUGGGCAGAGGCCAAGGGAACCAACUCAUCGAGCAAGCAAACAUGCCGCGGAGGCAGCCUUACACCAAGGCUAAAGCUCGCAAGAUGGCAGCCAGGAACGCCCCCCGCGAAACGGCCAAGGAUGGAAGCUGGAGGCGUGACGUGACGCCUCGGUCCAGGCCUCUCAAGGGGCCCAGGGCGCCGCGUCGUCUUUCCCCCAUGUCCACUACACACCCUCCCCGGCAUAGCUCGAUCGGGGUCAUUGUCGAUGGUUCGCGGACUGCCAAUGGUGGCCAGCGACAGAGCAGCAUUUCGCGCAUGGCAAAUCAGCCGAACGGGACAGGGAGCGGUACUUUGAGGAACCGCGGGGCGCCGAGCAUAGGCAAUCUGGCCAAGCGAUGGUUUCCUGCAACCGCUGAAAUCUCGUGGCCCCGAGGGAUCCUAUCUGCCCUGUGGUCUCGAGGGACGAAAGAGAAAAAGCCCGGCCCAGACCGUCCCGCCAAGUGGGAUGUGGCAGACUUUGGGCAAUGA